GGAGAAGGAGGAGAAGGAGAAGGAGAAGGAGAAGGAGAACGGGGUCAAACCGUGUGGAGAUCCAUAGGAGGACAUUCGAGGCUCGCCGGUUCCUUCGACGCUCUUCACCGACGCAACCGCCGCUUCACGACGCUUUCCGGUGCUGCCGAGACCAGUGGGUGUCAUUCCCUUUUAAGGAGGGCCUGAACCAAUAAAAUGGCCUUAGCAGGAGGCCCCGACUACUUCCUGUGUCACUCAAACUAUCAGGAGGGCAUGGACCACAGUUCCUCUCGCAGGCCUGAGGAGCUGAUUGUUCCAGGCUUUCAGCGCUCAGCCCAUCCAAACUUGCCACAUCACCAUGAUGACGAUGUGGAUCUGGAGAAGCUGGUCAACGAGAUGAACUCUUCCAUGGAGAGCGUGUACUCUACGCCGGCAGACACUGCACUCAUCCUCAACAACGGCCACGUGCCCCACCAUCACCACUUUAUGCACGUUCCCUUUGUCAGACACGGCCCAUCCGUCCGACGUCAUACACCCCCCUCCAUACCCGCCAGGGAGAGGCUGCAGCACUCUCAGCCAAUGCACAUCCAGGCCAUCAGGUGCCUGCGGGAAGAGCAGCAUCUGCGUCCUGCUUCGCUGCCGGCCAUCCCUAACCCUUUUCCCGAGCUCUGCAGUCCGGCUGGCUCGCCAGUUCUCAGUCCAAUUGAGGCCUCUGACCAACACAUAGUGAAGGUGUGGAGCGAGGAUGGGGCUGGCAAAGUGGUGGAGAUCCCGGCGGACAUGACAGCCAGGGACGUGUGCCAGCUCCUGGUCUACAAGAGCCACUGUGUGGACGACAACGCCUGGACGCUGGUGGAGCACCACCCCAUCCUCGGCCUUGAGAGAUGCCUGGAGGACCACGAACUGGUGGUACAGGUUCAAGCUUCCAUGAGCAGCGACAGCAAAUUCCUCUUCAGAAAGAACUAUGCCAAAUAUGAAUUCUUCAGGAACCCCCUGAACUUUUUUCCAGAGCAGAUGGUGGCUUGGUGUCAGGAGUCUGAUGGCACAAUCCCUCAGUCACAGCUCUUACAGAACUUCCUGAACUCCAGCAGCUGUCCAGAGAUUCAGGGCUAUCUGUACGUGAAGGAACCGGGACGCAAGUCCUGGAAGAAGCUGUACAUGUUCCUGCGACGCUCUGGCCUCUAUUUCUCCACUAAAGGAACAUCUAAGGAGCCCAGACACCUGCAGCUGUUGUCUGAUCUGGAUGACAGCAACAUUUUCACCAUAAUCACCGGCAGAAAACUACAUAACGCCCCCACAGACUACCAGUUCUCCAUCAAGCCCAGUAAAGCGAGGGGUGAUUGUAAGGAGCUGAAGAUGUUGUGUGCUGAAGACGAGCAGAGCAGGACCUGCUGGAUGACAGCUUUCAGACUCCUUAAGUACGGCCUUGUCCUGUAUAAGAGCUACACUGUCCCCCAGCAAAGGAAGACGAACCUCUCGCAUUUCUCCACGCCUGUGCGGAGCGUGUCAGAGAACUCCCUGGUGGCGAUGGACUUCUCGGGACGGACCGGCCGCGUCAUUGACAACCCCGUGGAGGCCCAGAGCGCCGCCCUAGAGGAGGGCCAGACAUGGAGGAAACGGAGUCAGCGUAUGAAUGUCCUGGGCAGCCCGUCGCCCCUGCACCCGUCCUCUCUGAGCACAGUUAUCCACAGGACACAGGUUUGGUUUCACGGUCGCAUUAUGAGAGAAGAAGCACACAAAAUGAUCAUACAGCAAGGCCAGGUAGACGGUUUAUUCCUGUUGCGGGACAGUCAAAGUAACCCCAAGGCGUUUGUGCUCACCAUGUGCCACCACCAGAAGAUCAAGCACUUCCAAAUUCUACCGUGUGAAGAAGAUGGUCAAGUGUUCUUCAGCUUGGACGACGGCGCCACCAAGUUCACCGACUUGAUCCACCUGGUGGAGUUCUACCAGCUCAACAGAGGAGUGCUGCCCUGCAAGCUCAAGCACCCGUGCACCGCCGUGGCCUUGUGACACUCCUCCUUAUCCGCACCCUCUUUGAUUUUUUUUGUUUGCACACCUCCUACCCCCCGAGAUCCCACCUAUCCGCCCCACACCCCGGUGAGUCGAGUCUGGGUGAAGAAGCGAACCGAGCUUUUCUCCGCCUUAUUGCUUUUUGGAGGUUUUAAAGGGCGCAGAACGUGGCGGAUUGUGGACUCCUGCAUCGUUGCCACGGAGUCCGGAACGUUUGUGAUGGUGCACAGUAGGUUGUGAGUGAUGGCUCUUCCCUCACCCUAAACCCCCUCCCCAAACCCACCCCAUUUCCCCCAGGCCUGAUAAGCUGUGGUGCAGGAAGCGCCACCCUACUUCUUCUUCAUUGAUCAUCAGGGAUGGAGGGGAAUCCCUCCAGGUCUCGAGCAAACUUUGAAUCCGGGAGGUUUUCUCAACCUGUGCAGUCCAGUCUGGAUAAGCUGACAACAUGACACCGCCCACUCCACAAAACAACCCCCCCACCCACUCCACCCCCACCCCACCAAUCCCACCC